AUGGCAUCUGUUGUAAAAGUAGCAGCAGGACAUGGCCAGGUUGCAGCAGUUGCUACAUCCCCUAAGGGUGUAGUUAUCAACGGAGACCUAAUUGGGAGAAGGAGCAUUCUUAUUUCAGCAAAAGUCAUUAUCUUUCCCAGCUGUUCAACUUACCUGAGACAAUCCCAGUCGUACUGCACAGACACAGAAUGCCUUCAGGAAUUGCCAGGACCAAACUCCUCCAGUGACAAUGGAAUCAGCUUUGCCAUGAUAAUGAUGGCCUGGGUGGUGAUUGCACUUGUCUUGUUCUUACUAAGACCUAGAAAUCUGAGAGGAUCCAACACAGCUGGAAAGCCAACCAGCCAACAUAAUGGACAAGAACCACCAGCCCCACCAGUGGACUAG